GUUAAAUACCUCCGAGGAUGGCGGUUGUUUAUUUUUCACUGUGGUUUGAACAAGGCGCUUUUUUCGUUCACGGUAACAACACAACAGCUUAUGCUGCAUCACACACUUUCCAUCUCCACACUCCUAUCAAGAUGGUAUCUGCUGGCCUUCAGUUGCUGGGAAUCUCCCUGGCUGUGGUAGGCUGGGUGGGGGCUAUUGUGACCUGUGCCCUGCCCAUGUGGAGAGUCACCGCCUUCAUUGGGAACAACAUUGUGGUGGCACAGACCAUCUGGGAAGGCCUGUGGAUGAACUGUAUUGUCCAGAGCACUGGUCAGAUGCAAUGCAAGGUGUAUGACUCGCUGCUGGCCCUCCCUCAAGACCUGCAAGCCGCCAGGGCGCUCACUGUCAUCGCUAUCCUGCUGGCUGUACUGGCUCUGUUGGUUAGUAUAGUGGGUGCCAAGUGUACCAACUGUGUGGAGGAGGAGUCUGUGAAAGCCCGUGUUAGCCAGGUGUCUGGGGUGUUGUUCCUUGUUGCCGGGGUGCUCUACCUCAUCCCAGUCUGCUGGUCAGCCAAUAGUGUCAUCAAGGACUUCUACAACCCCCUGGUCACCGAGGCACAGAAGCGCGAGUUGGGGGCCUCCAUGUACAUCGGCUGGGGUUCCUCUGCCUUGCUGCUGCUGGGGGGCGCUCUGCUGUGCUGCUCCUGCCCACAGAAGAUUGUGAACUACUCUGUCCGCUACACUGCUGCCAGUUCUCAUCCUCGCACGGCCAUCCCAAGCAAGAAUUAUGUGUGAAUUUGGAGUUCCAGCAACUCUCCUAAAUUGUUUAGAAAGUAGCUUGAAUAAUUUGGUUAAUAUAGCUUGUCUAUGAGUGGUUUAUGCUAGAAUAGUUUUGUUCAGCUGCCUUAGACUGCCCUGUUAUAAUGCAGAUGUUAAAAUAAAGGUGUAUUUUUAUUGCAAAUGUGUUUUAACUAUUAAUGUACUUCCCUUAAAAUAAACAUUUGAUUUAU